AUGCAACUCCAAGAACGGACGGGGCUGACAACCCUGUCUAGCACUUUUCACCGGUUCAUAGAGCUACCUGUCGAGAUUCGCCUUCUGGUCUACAACGAGUUGAUGGUCCAAAACAUCGACCUAUAUCGCGCCACAUGCGACUUCUGCCCAGCGCACCGCACCAACUUCACAUACAACGCCAACAUCGUCUACGCAGAGAUACUCAGGACAAGCAAGCAGGUCUACACCGAGACGCUACCCAUACUCUACUCCAAGAAUACGGUUCAUAUGAAGUGCCUGGAGUGUGAGAACAUGGACCAUCCCCCACUCUGGGCUUGCUUAAAUGAGCCGAACCACAUCCUUACUGAGUUGAUUGAACAUUUCUAUUCGCAUGUCAAGGACAUCGCUAUUGCAUAUAGGAUAAUCGAGUAUGAGCCAUACGAUCGUAUCAUAGAAUUCCCUGUCGAAUGGCCCACAAUCGAGCAUGAUAUAUUGGAACGCUACGAGAACACGGAGCACAUUAGUCUACGAGUUCGACUAUGCUACACCUCUGACGCUACAUUCGAUCUCGUCCGUCGAAGCUGCAAAUCCACGAGCGAGUGUGUCCCGGACUACAACAGCGUGCUUGCGGAACACCGUGCAUACCUCGCAGACUACGACGACCAUAGGUCGUUACUGGCAGCCCUAAAGGAGACAUGCGACGCGGUAGUACUGUCUCAUGCCCAAGGACAGUUGAAAAAUACGGCAUUUGCCGUGCAAAAGAUCCGUUGGAAGCCAUUAUCAGAGGACGCGAAGGAAGUUGUGCUGUGUCUAGGACGCGAGAAAAACAGCGCCGACGACACGUUAAUCUAG